UGGACCAUGUAACCUCGCUACCAGGAGUUGAGGCCGCCCUUUAACAUAGCCAUGAAGCUGGCCGAGCGACUCGUGUGCUGGGUCAGCUGCCUGGUGAUCUCCGGGACCCUCCAGCCCGGCGCGGCGCAGGCAGUGUGCGCUGGUACUGAGAACAAGCUGAGUUCUCUCUCUGAUCUUGAGCAGCAGUAUCGUGCGUUGCGCAAGUACUAUGAGAACUGUGAAGUAGUCAUGGGCAACCUGGAAAUCACCAACAUUGAACACAACCGUGAUCUUUCCUUCCUCCGGUCUAUCCGAGAAGUCACGGGAUAUGUCCUGGUUGCUUUGAAUCAGUUUGAGUACCUCCCGUUAGAGAACCUACGCAUCAUUCGUGGGACAAAACUCUACGAGGACCGAAAUGCCUUGGAGAUAUUUCUUAACUACAAAAAGGAUGGUAAUUUUGGACUCAGGGAACUUGGCCUGAAGAACUUGACUGAAAUACUGAAUGGAGGGGUAUACGUUGGCCAGAACAAGUUUCUUUGCUACGCCGACACCAUUCAUUGGCAGGAUAUCGUGCGUAACCCACGGGCUUCCAACUUCACUUUGGUUCCAACAAAUGGCAGCUCAGGAUGUGGACGAUGCCACAAGUCCUGCACAGGCCGAUGUUGGGGACCCACAGAAAACCACUGCCAGAGCUUGACAAAGACAGUGUGUGCAGAGCAAUGUGAUGGACGUUGCUACGGGCCGUACGUCAGUGACUGCUGCCAUCGGGAAUGCGCUGGAGGCUGUUCCGGACCUAAAGACACUGAUUGCUUUGCCUGCAUGAAUUUCAACGACAGCGGAGCAUGUGUCACUCAGUGCCCCCAGACUUUUGUCUACAACCCCACCACCUUCCAACUGGAGCACAACCACAAUGCCAAAUACACCUAUGGAGCUUUUUGUGUCAAGAAGUGCCCACAUAACUUUGUGGUAGAUUCCAGCUCUUGUGUGCGUGCCUGUCCUAGCUCCAAGAUGGAGGUUGAAGAAAAUGGUAUAAAGAUGUGCAAACCCUGCACUGACAUUUGUCCUAAAGCAUGUGAUGGCAUCGGCACAGGGAGUUUGACGUCCGCUCAAACUGUUGACUCCAGCAACAUUGACAAGUUCAUAAACUGUACCAAGAUCAACGGGAACCUGAUCUUUCUUGUCACUGGGAUUCAUGGUCGUCCUGUGUGUUCUGCUGCAGAGGGAAAGGUGUGUAACAACUUGUGCUCAAGUGACGGCUGUUGGGGGCCAGGGCCAGACCAGUGUCUGUCCUGCAAACGCUUCAGCAGAGGAAGGACCUGUAUAGAGUCUUGUAACCUUUAUGAUGGGGAAUUUCGAGAGUUUGCGAACGGUUCUGUGUGUGUGGAGUGUGAUCCCCAGUGUGAGAAGAUGGAAGAUAACAUGAUCACAUGCUAUGGGCCGGGACCAGACCACUGCACCAAGUGUUUCCAUUUUAAGGAUGGCCCCAACUGUGUGGAAAAGUGCCCCGAUGGCUUGCAGGGGGCAAACAGCUUCAUUUUCAAAUACGCCGAUGAGGACCGUGAGUGUCACCCUUGUCAUCCAAACUGCACUCAAGGGUGCAUAGGCCCCCGUAUUGAGGACUGCAUCGGCCUGAUGGAUAGGUGUAGAGGCCCCACUAGUCAUGACUGCAUUUACUAUCCAUGGACGCGCCAGUCCACCUUACCACAGCAUGCUAGAACCCCCCUGAUUGCUGCAGGCGUGAUUGGUGGACUCUUUAUCAUCAUCAUUGUGGGCCUGACGUUUGCCGUUUAUGUUCGGCGGAAAAGCAUCAAAAAGAAGAGGGCCUUGCGGAGGUUCCUGGAGACGGAGCUGGUGGAGCCCUUGACCCCAAGUGGCACAGCACCCAACCAAGCACAGCUUCGUAUCCUGAAGGAAACUGAGCUAAAGCGAGUCAAGGUCCUUGGCUCUGGGGCCUUUGGAACCGUGUAUAAGGGUAUUUGGGUUCCCGAAGGAGAAACAGUAAAGAUUCCUGUGGCUAUUAAAAUCCUUAAUGAGACGACUGGUCCCAAGGCAAAUGUGGAGUUCAUGGAUGAAGCUCUUAUCAUGGCAAGCAUGGAUCAUCCACACCUGGUGCGAUUACUGGGCGUCUGCUUGAGCCCUACCAUACAGCUCGUCACUCAGCUGAUGCCCCAUGGCUGCUUGUUGGACUAUGUUCACGAACACAAGGAUAACAUUGGCUCGCAGCUCCUGCUGAACUGGUGUGUCCAGAUAGCCAAGGGAAUGAUGUACCUGGAAGAGAGGAGACUGGUUCACCGGGACUUGGCAGCCCGGAAUGUCUUGGUAAAAUCACCAAACCAUGUGAAGAUCACCGACUUUGGCCUGGCCAGGCUCCUGGAAGGCGAUGAGAAAGAGUACAACGCUGAUGGAGGGAAGAUGCCAAUUAAGUGGAUGGCUCUGGAAUGUAUACACUACAGGAAAUUCACCCAUCAGAGCGAUGUUUGGAGCUAUGGUGUCACUAUCUGGGAGCUUAUGACCUUUGGCGGAAAACCCUAUGAUGGAAUCCCGACACGAGAAAUUCCUGACCUGUUAGAAAAAGGGGAACGGUUGCCCCAGCCUCCUAUCUGCACCAUUGAUGUGUACAUGGUGAUGGUGAAAUGCUGGAUGAUUGAUGCUGACAGUCGGCCUAAAUUCAAGGAAUUGGCUGCUGAAUUUUCUAGAAUGGCUCGAGACCCUCAAAGAUACCUUGUCAUUCAGGGUGACGACCGUAUGAAGCUCCCGAGUCCAAACGACAGCAAAUUCUUCCAAAAUCUCCUGGAUGAGGAAGACCUGGAAGAUAUGAUGGAUGCUGAGGAAUAUUUAGUUCCUCAGGCCUUUAACAUCCCUCCUCCUAUCUAUACCUCCAGGGCUAGAAUCGACUCCAACAGGAGUGAACUUGGACACAGCCCUCCUCCUGCCUACGCCCCUAUGUCAGGAAACCAGUUUGUGUACAGAGGCGGCGGCUUUGCUACAGAACAAGGAGUGCCUGCGCCAUACAGAGCUGUCAGCUGCAUAACUCCGGAGGCGCCAGCCAUCCAGGGGGCCACGGCAGAGAUCUUUGACGACACUUGCUGUAAUGGUACGCUACGGAAGCAGGUGGCCGCCCUCGCACAAGAGGACAGCAACACUCAGAGGUACAGCGCUGACCCAACAGUGUUUGUACCUGAGCGGGGCCAACGGGGCGAGCUGGAUGAAGAUGGGUACAUGACUCCGAUGCGAGACAAACCCACAACAGAUUACCUGAACCCAGUAGAGGAGAACCCAUUUGUCUCUCGACGAAAGAACGGUGAUCUUCAAGCUCUGGACAACCCCGAGUAUCACAGCGCCCCGAACGGGCAGCCCAAAGCAGAGGACGAGUAUGUGAACGAGCCGUUGUACCUCAGCACCUUUGCUAAUACCUUGGAAAACGCGGAGUACCUGAAGAACAAUGGGCUUCCUUUGCCAGAGAAAUCCAAGAAGGCCUUCAACAACCCGGAUUACUGGAAUCACAGUCUGCCACCGCGAAGCACCCUCCAGCACCCGGACUACCUGCAGGAGUACAGCACAAAAUAUUUUUACAAACAAAAUGGACGGAUCCGGCCCAUCGUGGCAGAGAACCCUGAAUACCUCUCUGAGUUCUCCCUGAAGCCUGGCACUGUGCUGCCCCCGCCACCCUACAGACAUCGAAACACGGUGGUGUAG